CAAGCUGUUCUUAUUCUAAAGACUGAGAUGGACCUUGUUACCACAGCCCAUGACAUGCAUAACAUAGAAGAUCAACAACUACAACGUCACAACAAUGGUGAUGCAGAAGAUGGACUUCAUGCGCGUAACAGUGGAAUAUUACGUAUUAUCUCUGUGCUUGCUUCUGUUGAACUUAACCGUAACAUUACUACAUAUAGCACGCUCAAGCGUAAACGUGUUGAUGCACAUAUUGGGGAUAUUCCAAUUACACUUGUGGAGGAAAAGUCUGAUAGAUGUGAUCUGGAAGUUGCCAAACGCGAACUUCGGGAAAAGUUUGCAUGGCCCCCUCACUACUGUAUAUGUAAUCUGCCCUUCAUUAUAGCUAUAGCAGUGGCAGAUGAUGUUAUAUCUUUCAAUAAGCUCAAUCGUUCACUAUUUUUGAUGGAUGAACUGAAGGUGGACCUUUCUCUAAACAAACAGGAGACUUUUCAGUACAGUUUCAA